CACUGGGGUGCCGGGAUGGUGAACAUGUCAGCUUCCUUAGUCCAGGAAACUGUCCAGGCUGUGAGCAAGAGGAAGCUGCAGCCCACCUGGACCACCCUCACCCUGACACCUCCAGCAGUAAACAAGAUAAAACAACUUAUUAAAGAUAAACCUGAUAAGCCUGAGCAUCUAGGUGUAAAAGUCGGUGUCCGAACCAGGGGCUCUAAUGGCCUUUCUUAUACUCUAGAAUAUACAAAGAUAAAAGGAGAUUCUGAUGAAGUUAUUCAAGAUGGAGUCAGAGUAUUCAUCAAAAAGAAAGCAAAGCUAACACUUUUAGGAACAGAAAUGGACUAUGUUGAAGACAAAUUAUCCAGUGAGUUUGUGUUCAAUAACUCAAACAUCAAAGGGACUUGUGGCUGUAUAGAAAGCUUUAAUAUUUGAAAUCUCAGGACUCUUCUGGC